AACCCAGUUGGCAGUUGGAUCUUCCCAUGUAAGUUGGAAAAAAUGGUUUCCUUUCUGUAGAAAAGUUGCCACAAAACAAAGACACGAGCUUUCACAAACUCUCACAAAAACAGAGAGAGAGAGAGAGAGAGAGAGAGAGUUGUAGCGAUGGGAAGGAGUCCAUGCUGCUCAAAAGACGAAGGGUUGAACAGAGGGGCUUGGACUGUUCAUGAAGACAAGAUACUCACAGACUACAUCGGACUUCACGGAGAGGGGAAGUGGAGGAGCAUUCCCAAAAAAGCAGGUCUCAAGAGAUGUGGGAAAAGUUGCAGGCUGAGGUGGUUGAAUUACCUGAGGCCUGACAUCAAGAGAGGAAACAUCACCGGCGAUGAAGAAGACCUCAUCAUUAGGCUUCACAAACUCUUGGGCAACAGAUGGUCUCUCAUUGCGGGAAGACUUCCAGGGCGAACAGACAAUGAAAUCAAAAACUACUGGAACUCCAAUUUAGCCAAGAGGGAACAAGGAGGGAAGAAGCCAAGCCCCUCCACAACUGAGAUCAACCCGAUAGCCACCUCCACAACAAUGCGGGACGAGGCUCAGAACCUGGUGCUAGUCAGAGAGUCCACGCUCCACCAUGGCGAACCGCCGGCGGCAAAUGGCGAGACGGCGAAGAGCAGGCAAUCGUCGGAAUACGAAUUGAACGACGUCUCAUCACCGGCUUCCAUGUGUAGGGAAGAGCCCAACUUGGAGCAGCUCAUGGUGGACUGCACUGUCGGGGAGUUGGACCUCGUGGAGAUUCUUGAUGGUUCUGACUUUAGGCUCGAUGAGUUUGAAAAUACUUCUCAAGUGAUAAACACAGCUAAUAGUGAGGGAAUGAGCAAGGACAACGAUGUUGGAGGUGCUUCUCCUGGACAGGCACAUAAUUGGUGGAGUGAAGGAUUGGUGAUGGAUAAUUGGGUCUCCGAACUCGCCGAUAUGAGCUCGGGUUUGGGACCUUUCGCUUCGAUCCUACACGGUGCUGAAGAUUGGAUCCUAUAGAUUAAACGCUGCUUUUUGUGAGAAUAAUUUUUUAAGUUUCUGCAAAAGGGAGUCUCUCAAAGUGUGCAUCGAUUCAAUGUAGUAUAUGUAGCAUUAAUCGUUGAAAUAAUCUUGAGCUGUUGUCUAGUGUGGAGUGAUCGCUUAGGUCAUGUGGACGGUGAUGUUCUUGAUUAUGUCCACAUAUAAGAUUUGCUAUAUUCAGCAUGCAUCUGUAAA